UUCUCAAUUAGACAACAUACAUACAUACGACUCAAUUAUUACGACUAAUUGUUUGUUUUAAUGGCUGCAUUCAAUGAUGAUUCUUUUUACAAUAAUAUUCAACUGGAUAUUAUUUUACGUAGAAUGUCAGGAGAGCCUAUUUCAACCCGAUGAUAAUCAAUUAGUGAGUUACAUCAAUCAAUAUCCAACAGCUGGAUGGAAAGCGGAGAGUAAUAGCAUACUAAGAAAUAUAGAUGGUGUGCAAAAUUCAAUUGGUGCACAGUCUAUUGAUCAAACUAUUGGGAAAGAAAGUCUUCCAACUGUAUCUCAUACAGAAGUGAAUAUAACUGUGCCAAAAUAUUUUGAUGCUCGUAGUCAUUGGAAAAACUGUUCAGAUAUUCAACAAAUACACGAUGAAUCUCAGUGUAUUUCAAAUUGGGCUAUAGCUUCAGCAAAAGCAAUCAGUGAUAGAAUUUGUAUUAAAUCACAUGGGAAAAUCCAAGUGAACUUGAGUGUUCACAAUCUAAUCAGUUGUUGUGGAACAUGUGGUCAUGGAUGUCAUAAUGGUCAUGCUAGUUUUGCAUGGCAUUAUUGGAAAUCAAAUGGAUUGGUUACUGAAGCCUGUCAACCGUAUAUAUUUCCGCAUUGUGAACAUUAUAAGCAAGGGAAAUAUCGAACAUGCGGUGUUCACAUUUAUAGAACUCCUUUAUGCAAAUUUGAAUGUAUUAAAGGUUAUACAAUACCCUAUGAGAAGGAUAAAUUCUACGGUGAAACCGUAUACAAUGUAAAUAAUAGAGUUGAAGAUAUUCAAAAAGAAAUUUUACUGAAUGGUCCAGUCACAGCAACACUGGAUAUGUUCACAGAUUUUCCAAUUUAUAAAUCUGGCAUUUAUAAGCAUAUUACAGGGAAUCUCGUGGGUAUGCAUACUGUACGAAUUAUUGGUUGGGGUGAAGAGGACGGCAUCGCUUAUUGGUUAUGCGCAAAUUCAUGGAAUGAAGAUUGGGGUGAAAAUGGUUAUUUCAGGAUAAUACGCGGAGAAAAUGAAUGUUUCAUUGAAUCAUUUGUUGUCGCUGGAAUACCAAAAUUUUAAUAUAAGAUAUAUUUCUAUUUUGUUAAAAUAGAA